AAACUCCUUUCAAUAGAGGUGUAAUUGGAAACCUAACCAAUGUAUUAUGUACGAGGAAUUAAGAGGAAAGCGGAUGGAAUGAACAUUUCUGUGCCUACCACCCAACCUGUUAUUCCCGCUGCUACGGCCGUAUUAACUGUUCCUUCUGACCUAAUACAGCCUUUGUAUUGUAAACUAUGCUCUGUUAGUUUGAACUCUUCGCAGCAAGCCAUGGCACACUACCAAGGUAAAAACCAUGGUAAAAAAGUGAGGCAAUAUUUACAGAAACAAGGGCAGGUUUUACUACAGGUUCAUCUUCAAGCUCAACAAAAGCAGCUUCAACUACCAGAAAACAAAGUUGCUAUUUUACCUGAACAAAAUGGUGUCCAGAAAAGUAAGGAAGCAGAAGAAAACCAUGUCAUCAAAACCGAAGUGAACAAAUCUCCCACCCAUGUUGUAAUGCAUUCAAAACUUGCCAGUAUGGAUGAUUUCUGUAAAGUCUGUGCCGUAUCUUUUAAUUCUCCGACUCAAGCUCAGUCACAUUAUCAAGGAAAAAGUCAUGCUAAGAAACUGAAAAGUGUUGAAAGUCCACCGCCAGUUAUUGAUAAUAAUAAUACCAUAAAUCAGGAGUCAACAUCACCCAA